CCCUCGACGACAUUCUAGGGUUUGCUCGUCUCCGCCGCCGACGCAUCCGAAUCAAACCCUUCCCCGGUUCCCCCAUUCACCUAUCUCCUCACUUCCGGCGGCGGCGGCAAGCAGCAGCAGCAGCAGCGCCGCCAACCCCCCGCCACGAUGAGGCCGAUCCUGAUGAAGGGGCACGAGCGCCCGCUCACGUUCCUGCGCUACAACCGCGACGGCGACCUCCUCUUCUCCUGCGCCAAGGACCACACCCCCACGGUCUGGUACGCCGACAACGGCGACCGCCUCGGGACCUACCGCGGCCACAACGGCGCCGUCUGGUCCUGCGACGUCUCCCGCGACUCGGCGCGCCUCAUCACGGGCUCCGCCGACCAGACCGCCAAGCUCUGGGAGGUCAGCACGGGGCGGGAGCUCUUCAGCUUCCGCUUCGACGCGCCCGCCAGGUCCGUCGAGUUCGCCAUCGGGGACGCGCUAGCGGUCAUCACCACCGACAACUUCAUGGACCACGUCCCCACCGUCCAGAUCAAGCACAUCGCCGAGGACCUCGACGACCAGACGGAUGAAUCCGCGCUUGUGAUCACUGGCAUCAAGGGGAGGAUCAACAGGGCGGUUUGGGGCCCGCUCAACAGGACAAUCAUCACUGCUGGCGAGGAUGCUACCAUUCGCAUCUGGGACUCCGAGACCGGUAAACUGCUGAAAGAGUCAGAUAAGGAAUCUGGACAUCAGAAGAUGAUUACGUCACUGUCAAAAUCCUCAGAUUGGUCUCAUUUCAUUACAGGUUCCUUAGAUAAAUCUGCUAAGCUAUGGGAUGCAAGAACGCUAACCCUGAUCAAGACAUAUGUCACAGAGCGACCUGUUAAUGCUGUUGACAUCUCUCCAACUCAUGAUACUGUGGUUCUUGGAGGUGGGCAAGAUGCAAUGAAUGUGACUAUGACAGACCGCCGUGCUGGUAAAUUUGAGGCUAAAUUCUAUCACAAGAUUUUGCAAGAGGAAAUUGGUGGUGUCAAAGGACAUUUUGGACCAAUUAAUGCUUUGGCAUUUAACCCUGACGGACGGAGCUUUUCGAGUGGUGGUGAAGAUGGAUAUGUAAGGCUGCACCAUUUUGAUUCCGACUACUUCAACAUCAAGAUGUAGAUAAAGGACAUCACAAACUAAUCUGAGGUUGUAUUGGAGAGGACCCAACAGGAACAAAGUUACUUUUUUUGGUUCAGUUGGUGAUAGUUCGUGAGGCUUGGAGAGUUGGCUCAGAUCUUAGCUAUUGGUGUUGUUGCUUGUUAGACGCUCUUGUUGCUCUGAACAGGACAGGCAGCUUUUUGUAGAUGCUUGAGAAAUUUGUACACUUGGCAAUGAAAAGAUCAUUGAAUUGCAAUCUUGAGUUGUUUUUCUUAUCA